AGAAUGGUUUUAAAUAUCUAUUGUAACAUGAAAUGAUAACCUUCCUUAAAAAUGACAGAAAUAUUGAAUAAAUUAUUGUUUAAUAGAUAUAUUUAUUUUUUAUCUAAAGGUAAUAAAAGAUUUGCCGGUCAUAACAAAUGGUCGAACAUAAGACAUAUAAAAGCAGAAAAUGAUCACGAAAGAAUGGUGGUGUUUUAUAAGCUCAAACUAAAAAUGCAGAUUGCUAUACAAGAGACUGGUAUCACAAGGCCUAGUCAUAAUAUAAAAUUAGCAAAACUCAUUGAACAAGCUAAAAAAGUAAAUAUGCCUGUUGCAUCAAUAAAUACUUUCCUUGAGAAAAUGGAAGCACGCAAAAACAAGAAUCGAACAGGUGUAAUAGAAAUUCAUGGUCCAAGUGGUUAUGUCGCACUUGUACGUUAUACAACAGAUAAUGUAAAAGCACUUAUGACGUUACUUCAUACAAAACUAAAAAAAACUUGUGGGAAAGUCACAGAAGAUUCUAUGAAGAGUAUGUUUACUCAUGUUGGUAAUAUCAUAGUUGAAAAGAAAGGUGAUUUGGAACAUGCCAUGGAGAAUGCCAUUAAUGUUGGUGCAGAAGAUGUAGAAGAAUUUGAAGACAAUGAUGUUAAAUAUUUCCAGUUUAAAUGUGAACCAAAACUCUUAAAUAAAGUUCGAAGUCUAUUAGAAGAUCUGGAAUAUAGCGUGCUUUCAGUAGAAGAAAUUUAUAUACCACACACUAUGAUAGAAUUAAGUGAUUUGGAAUUGAAAGCUGUAUCUCAAAUUCGUAAUAGAAUUUUAAGUAUAGAAGAUGUCAGUCAUAUAUAUGAUAAUAUAGAACAAGAGAUAAUACAUUAAAAUAAUAACACAAAAAUAAUUCUAAUUAGUUUGUACAGUGAUAUAUUAUGCAAAGUUACAAUUGCAAGUUAAAAAUUGA